AUGGCUCUUCUACCCCUCUUAGACCCACCUGAGCUCGGCCACCUAACCCCACCAAAGCCACAAGCCCAAACCACCACCGCAAAUAGCUUGCCUUCCAUGGGCUUCACUGAAAAUAGGUCAACCACUUUUCUUUCCUCAAGCAACCCUUGCCUCGACUUGUUUUUCCAUGUGGUCCCUAACACCCCACCUAAAUCUCUCAAAGAGAGGCUCUCUCUAGCUUGGGCCCACAACCUGUUAAGCACUCUUAAACUCAUCUAUAACCUAUGCAGCACACGUGGCACUGUGAAAUCUGAAAAGGAAGGGUUUUACACUGUAGCGUUUUGGCCCAAGCACCAUCCCAAAACCUUUGCUUGCAACAUGGAUUCAUUUGCUGAUUUCGGCUAUUUCAAGGAUCUCCCUGAGAUCCUUUACCGUAUACUUGAAGGUUCCGAUAUUAGGAAGAUUCAAAAGGAAGAGUGGAACUAGAGAAAAUUCAAUACAGAGAAAAAAACAGAGGGGCAAAAAUCCAAUGUACUUGAAGAAAUUAAAAUGUUAAAUGUUGUUGAAAAGGCUAAAAUUGAGAAGGAAAAUGCAAGUGCUUUAAGGAAAGAGAAGAAGAUUGCUAUGGCCAAAAAAGCUCUCGAGAGAUACUCUCGUGACUCGGAUUUUAGAUUCCUAUGCGAGCAUGUCUCUGAUCUUUUUACCUAGUGUCUUAAAGUUAAUAUAAAGUCGAUGAAAUCUAGUCGAUCAAGGAAGGUUGGCCUUGCUGUUAAGUGGUGCCUUUCCAUUGACUCUUCUUUUGAUAAAUUUACUUUGCUUUGUGAAAGUAUUGCCAAAAAGAUGUUCCCUCAUGAGAACUACCCCGAAUAUGAAGGCAUCAAGGAAGUGCUUUAUGCUUACAGAGCUUGUGAUUGAUUAAGGAUAGAAAUGCUGGUGCCACUUCGUAAAGUUUUGGAAUUGCCAAAGGUGUAUAUUGGUGCAAACAAAUGGGAUUCAAUUCCCUAAAACAAAGUAGCCUCUGUGGCUAUGACGUUUUACAAGGAAAAAUUUUUAAAGCAUGAUAAGCAGCGGUUUUCUAAGUAUUUGGAGGAUGUGAAGGCUGGGAAAUCCACAAUUACCGCUGGUGCAUUGCUUCCUCAUGAAAUAAUCGCCUCGUUGGAUGAUAACGAUGGUGGAGAUGUUCCAGAGCUUCAUUGGCAAAGAAUGGUUAAUGAUUUACUACAAAAGGGAAAGCUGAGAAACUGCAUGGCGGUUUGCGACGUUUCUGGUAGCAUGAGUGUGAUACAAAUGGAGGUUUCUGUUGCCUUGGGAGUAUUGGUCUCAGAUCUAACCGAGGAGCCAUGAAAAGGGAAGCUUAUUACUUUCAGCAAAAAUCCUAAACUUCAAAAAGUUGAAGGUCAAAAUUUGAAGGAAAAAACUCGUUUCGUGAGGCGCAUGGCGUGGGGCUUGAACACUGAUUUUCCACAAGUGUUUGAUCUUAUCUUGAAGGCUGCUGUCCAAGGCCAACUGAAGCCAGGACAAAUGAUUAAAAGGUUGUUUGUGUUAAGUGACAUGGAGUUUGAUUAAGCAUCAGCAUCUCCCUGGCAGACUGACUGUCAAGUUAUAGUGACGAAGUUUACUGAGAAAGGGUAUGGCGACGCGAUUCCACAAAUUGUCUUUUGGAAUUUGAGAGAUUCGAGGGCUACACCAGUUCCUGGGAGUCAAAAUGGGGUGGCUUUGGUUAGUGGGUUUUCAAAGAAUUUGAUAAAGAUGUUCUUGGAUGAAGAUGGAGAUAUAACCCCUGCUGUCAUGGAAGCUGCUAUUUUGGGUGAGGAGCAUCAGAAAUUGGUCGUUCUUGAUUGA